AGGUUUAAGAACGCGAGGCAAAGAUGUAGACGGCAAUGAGGCAAGACAGGAGUCCAGCAGAAUGAUAAUUAAUUCCCCGAAAAAGGCAAACAAACUAUAAAGUAACGAAGAAACAACUGAACCCAAAACUUGAGUGGCGGCAAGGAAGUGAGACAGACAUACAACGACAUUGAAACCAACGAACACGACAUCAACAAUGGCCCGAUAAGCACUGAGAGAAACCAGGGAACUAAAGACACAGACUGACGAGACAACGAGGAACACCUGGACAAGACGAGGGAACCGAUUGACCGACACGAGGUUGGGGGGGGGUCAACACCAACAGCUGGACAAAAUGAGCACACGGGAAAACAUGAAGCAAAAGCGUUCAAUAGAUGCAUUGCGAGCGUCAGGAGGGAGUCGAACGCCCAUCCGAAGCUGACAAAUGGCCAUACAGGAGUGCCACCUGACGGCCUUGCUCCUGACCUCUGUGUUGGCGGCAAUUCUGGGCUCCCUGCAGGUGGGCUACCACACCGGGAAUGUCAACGCCCCUGCUAAGAUCAUCGAGGAGUUCUUCAACCAGACCUGGAGGGACAGGUAUAAUGAAACGAUCUCGGAGCAGAGCCUCACCCUGCUCUGGUCCCUCUCAGUUAGCAUCAAGGACUUUGGCGCGUUACUGGGCUGUCUGGGUGUCAAAUUUGUAGCAGACUCUUUUGGACGGCGCAACUCAAUCCUGAUCGUCAACUGCCUGUCGGUGCUGGGGGCGGGCCUGAUGGUGGUGUCCAAAGUCAGCGAGUCGUUUGAAACUCUGAUCCUGGGCCGGCUGCUCUUCGGUCUCUUCUGCGGUCUGGUGAUGAGCCUCAAUCCGCUUUACAUCCAGGAGGUGUCGCCCACCGUACUGAGGGGUGCCUUCGCCACCCUCAACCAGGUGGCCUUUGCCUCGGGAAUCCUGCUGGGGAUGGUGUCCGGACUGGAGACCAUGCUGGGCACAGAGAAACUUUGGUCCAUGAUGCUGUCCCUGUCCCUGAUCCCGGCACUGGCGCAGUACCUUAUCCUGCCUUUCUGCCCCGAGAGCCCUCGAUACCUGCUUAUUAAUAAAGGGCAGGAGGCCAAGGCUGACACCGCCUUGCUCCGACUGCGAGGAAGUCCGGGUCGGGUGUUGGCUGAGCUACAGGAGAUGAAAGGGGAGGCGGCCCACACUCAGGCGGCCGUCGGCGUCUUGGAGUUUUUCCGGAAGCGAAGCUACAGGCAGCCAAUCAUCAUCGUCCUCUGCGUCAACCUGGCCAGCCAGCUGUCGGGAUUCAACGCGAUCAUCAAUUACUCCACCACAAUGUUCCAGGCUAAGUUCGAAGAGGCCAAAUACCUGACUUUGGGCGUGGGCACCGUCAACGUGGUCUUCACUCUGGUGGCCUUCUUCCUGGUGGAGAAGGCCGGGAGGAGGCGACUGCUCCUGAUCGGCUUCGCCUUCAUCGCCCUGUGCAACUUCUUAAUGACCGUCGUAGAUUUGGUGGUGCCCUUGGUGCCAGAGCUGGCAAGCCUGCAGGUGCUGCUGGUGUUCUCCCUGAUCUCGGCGUACGAGUUCGGGCCGGGUCCCAUCUCCUGGUUCAUCGCGGGCGAGCUCUUCGACCAGCCCGGCAGGUCCAUCGCCAUGGCUUUCGCCAGCAUGCUUAACUGGGGAGGGAAGUUCCUCCUGGCGCUGCUCUUUCCCCCCACACUGAAAGUCAUCGGGGGCUACUCUUACCUCCUUUUCAUGGUCAUGGCUCUGAUGGGCUUCACCUUCGCCUGGUUUCGAGUUCCCGAGACCAAGGGUCGCACGUUCGACGAGAUCGCGGAGUCGUUCCGGGGGGCGGAGAACCUCCCGUUGCACAAUAAGAAGGGAUUCAACACCUUCCCUUGAACGGACCUUUUGUUGUCCGGCUCUGUCGGGUCAGUAAAGAGGACCCCGGGUGUUCUUGCCGACCAUUCAAGACUCACCCCGUUCCACUGGAUGUACAAGAAACCGGGAGGUGCACCGAGGAACUCCGUACCCAAAGAUUCAAAAACUGUUAAACGGCACUUUCAUUCCCUUGAGCUUCAUAGUGUUGACACAGCCCCACCUAGUGGAAGAGUUUUAAAGCAACAUGGGAGGUUCAUGUGGUAGUUUUGAAAUCAAAAAAUACAAUCGUGACAAUCGCGGAGUAGAUGCGAAGUAACUUCACGAACGGGAAGAACAUCGAUGUACGUACAUGAGAUAAUGUCUAUGGACAAAAUUUCAUACUAAAUUUAGAACUAGGAAUCAUUCAGAACGCGGACUGUAAACUGCACAGGACAGAGGCAACGUUUCUAUAUUAUCUAUGUAUUGGAAAAUAGAGUACAAGACAAAUACAAGUGACGGAUUGAAGCAACACAGCAAAGAGAUGUGAAGCGGUCAGACGAUUGGACAAAAAAUUUAGUUUUAAACACUUUAUUCUAGGACAAAGCGGGGCAAAAAACUGUACUUUUGAAUGCUUUACUACAGAAAAAUGAAAAGUGUACAUUCUUGAAAUGAUUCAAUGAUUGCACAUAAAAGUAAGUUUAAAAACGGUU